AUGGCUAAUAUGGCCAACAUGUUCGCCCUCCUCGACGAGGACGCUCCCAAGGCUGCCCCUGCCAAGGAGAACAAGCCUGCCGCUGCGGCUGCGCCCGCCAAGAAGGCGCCCGCCAAGACCGGCGACAAGCCCGCCGGCAACCGCAACAACGGCAACGCCAAGCGCGCUCCCCGCGCCCCUCGCGAGUUCGAGGGCUCCGUCGAGGGCACCGAGGGCGGCCGCAGCCGUCCCCGCAACGCCGAUCGCCGCAAGCCCAAGGACGGCGAGGGCGGUCGUCGCGACCGUGCUGACCGCUCCGGCCGUGGCCACGAGGGCCCCCACCGCGGCGGCGCCGGCAAGGGCGGCUGGGGCAAGCCCGGUGACGAGCUCAACGCCCCCAAGGAGGGCGACGACGCCGAGCCCGAGCCCGAGCCCGAGGAGCCCGACAACGAGAUCUCCAUCGAGGACUUCGAGGCUGCCAAGGCUGCGAAGAAGGCUGCCCUCAACGCCGCCAUGGCCAAGGGCGCCACCGCCAAGGAGGUUGACUCCUCCGCCUUCGCCUCCAUGACGCUCGCCGCCAAAUCCGAGGACGUCAACGAGUUCUCCCUCGACGGCGCCGGUCCCAAGGCUAAGCGCGAGCGCGAGCGCAAGGCCAAGGAGGCCGCCAAGCUCGAGCUCGGCUUCAAGUCCGCACCCACCGCCCCCGCCGAGGACCGCCCCGCACGUGGCCCCGGCGGUCGCGGCGGACGCGGCGACAGGCGCGAAGGCGCGGGCCGCGGCGGUCGCGGCGAGGGCCGCGGCGGCCGCGGCGGCCGCGGCGGCGACCGCCCCGCCGGCGGUCGCGGCGGCUCCGGCCUCAACGUCAAGAUCGAGGACUCCUCCGCCUUCCCCACCCUCGGCAAGUAA